AUGAGCGACCCGAGGCGUGACGGCGCGUCGUUCGCCCAGGCGCAGGCGCACACCAGCGGCAGGGACCAAGACGAGGGCGCCGCAGCUACUGAGCGCACCCCGCGACACUCGUUCCAGCACGAUGACGACGGCGAUGAUGACCUUGACAAGUGGUCUGACUUUGACGCCGACGAUCCGUCUCUGCAUCCGUCCGGCUCCGAGGAGCGCGGCCGUCUGCUAGACCCCGAGCACGCCGGCGCCGAGGCGUUUGAGCUGCACGACCUCGACCUCGACCUCGACCUCGGCGCCUCACCCUCCCCCGGCGGCUUCAAGGACCCCGAGGCCGAGGACUCCCCCUACCCGGAGGUCCGCGCGGCCGUGCGCAACUACGACGAGGACGUCCCCGCCGGCACCCUGCGCGCCUGGACCAUCGGGCUGGGCCUCACCGUCGUCGGCGCCGCCAUGAACGCGCUCUUCUCCCUGCGCCAGCCAUCCAUCUCCAUCGGCCCGCUCGUCGCCCAGGUCGUCGCCUACCCGAUCGGCCACGCCUGGGCGCGCCUCGUGCCCGCGCGCGAGUUCCGCACCCUCGGCGUCCGCUGGAGCACCAACCCGGGCCCCUUCAGCAUCAAGGAGCACGCCGUCGUUACCGUCAUGGCCAGCGUCUCCUUCUCCGUUGCCUACUCGACCGACGUCGUCCUCGCGCAGCUCGUGUUUUACAAGCAGAACUUUGGCAUCCUCUUCCAGCUGCUGCUGACCAUCUCGACGCAGUCGCUGGGCUACGGCAUCGCUGGCGUUAUGCGCAAGUUCUUGGUGUACCCGGCCUCGAUGAUCUGGCCGGAGAACCUCGUCAGCGUCACCCUCCUCAACGCCAUGUACGAGCAGGGCAGCGCGCCCGACCCCCGCGUCCUCGGCGGCUCCAUGCCUCGCCUCCGGUGGUUCACCCUCGUCUCCGCCGCCUCCUUCUUCUACUUCUUCAUCCCCGGCCACUUUGCCCGCUUCCUCAGCGUCUUCGCCUUCCCCACGUGGCUCGCCCCGGACAACGCCGUCGUGAACCAGCUCUUUGGCGGCGUCUCCGGCCUGUCCCUGCUGCCCAUCACCUUUGACUGGACUCAGGUCGCCGGCUUCAUCGGCUCCCCGCUCAUCCCACCAUGGCACGCCAUUGCCAACACGCUCCUCGGCGUCGUCCUCUUCUUCAUCUGCCUCUCCUCCGUGCUGCACUACAGCGGCGCCUGGUACUCGGCCUACCUGCCCAUGAGCGACGCCGGCACCUACGACAACCGCGGCCAGCCUUACAACACCACGCGCAUCCUCACGCCGCAGUUCACCCUCGACGUGCAGGCCUACAAGGAGUACUCGCCGCUCUUCAUCAGCACUACCUUUGCCGUCGCCUACGGCCUCUCCUUCGCCUCCAUCUCCGCCCUGCUGGUGCACACCUGGAUCCACAGCCGCAAGACCAUCUGGCGCCAGUACCGCAACAGCACCACCGAGAAACCCGACAUCCACAUGAAGCUGAUGCGCAAGUACCCCGAGGCGCCGGACUGGUGGUACCUGACGCUGUUCCUAGUCAUGCUCGCCAUCGGCCUGUACACCGUCGUCGCGUACCCGACCAACUUUGCGUGGUGGGCGUUCCUCCUCGCCAUCCUCAUCUCCUACGCCUUCUCCCUACCGAUCGGCAUCAUCCAGGCCAUCACCAACACCCAGAUCGGCCUCAACGUCCUGACCGAGUUCAUCUACGGCUACAUCCAGCCCGGCCGCCCUCUCGGCCUCAUGCUCUUCAAAACCUUUGGCUACGUCACGAUGUCCCAGGCCCUCGGCUUCAUCGCCGACCUCAAGUUCGGCCACUACAUGAAGGUGCCCCCGCGCACCAUGUUCCUCGCGCAGGUCGUCGCCACCACCAUCUCCUGCCUCGUCCAGAUCGCCGUCCUCAACCUCGCCCUCGUCAGCAUCGACAACGUCUGCGACAUCCGCCAGCGCGACCGCUUCACCUGCCCCGGCGGCCGCGUCUUCUUCUCCGCCUCCAUCAUUUGGGGCCUCAUCGGCCCGGCGCGCAUCUUCUCCCCCGGCGCCGUCUACUCCGGCCUCUUCCUCUUCUUCCUCCUCGGCGCCGCCGCGCCCCUCUUCGUGCACCUCUGGGUCCGCCGCCGUCCCGCCUCCGCCGCGCGCCACCUCGUCACCCCGCUCAUCUUUGGCGGCGCCGGCUCCAUCCCGCCCGCCACGCCGCUCAACUACUUCUCCUGGGGGGUUGUGGGCUUCGCGUUCCAGUUCUGGGUCCGCCGCCGGCACGCGGCCUGGUGGUCGCGGCUCAACUUCUUGACGUCGUGCGGGCUCGACUUGGGGCUGGCGCUGGGCACGCUGGUGCUGUUCUUCGCGUUCACGCUGCCGGAUGUCAAGCCGCCGCAGUGGUGGGGGAACACGAUCGUGGAGCGGACGAUGGACUUUCGCGGCACGGCGGUGCAGGUAGUCUUGCCGGAGGGGCAGACUUUUGGUCCGCAGAGUUGGUGA